GCGCCGGGCCGGGGCUAUAAAACACCUGCCGGGCUCCUACCGACUCUAGACACAGCGCGGCGACUCCGCGGGAAGAGCCGGGACGGGAGGAGAAGGAGGAAAAACCUCGGAGAAGCCCCAGAGCCGGCAGCGCGGAGCCGCGGUCAUGGGCAGCCACCCCGGCGUGCUGCUGGCGCUCGCCCUCUGCGCCCUGCUGGAAGCCGGUCUGGGCCAGCCCCCGGCCGAGUCGCACCUGGCCGCGCCGCCGAGGAGCAAGCGAUGUUCCUGCAACAGCUGGCUGGAUAAGGAAUGCAUCUACUUCUGUCACCUGGACAUCAUCUGGGUCAACACACCUGGGCACACCGCUCCCUACGGCUUGGGCAGCCCGCCAAGGCGGCGCAAGAGGUCGGCGGGCAGGUGCGAGUGCUCGCACUCCAGGGACAGCAUCUGUGCCACCUUCUGCCAGGGCAGGCCUGGGUACCUCCAGGGUCUGAAGCUCCCCAUGAGCUCUGCAGCAUCAGCGAGGUCUCUGCAGAGCAGUGCCACCAGGCCUCCCCACCAUGGGCUGCUGAGAGCUCUCAGGGAGCUCAGGGUGUCCAGCCCGCGCCAGCAGCGCUCCCGGAGGGAUGCACAGCCACCAGCUCUGCCUUGGGAGAAAAACAUCUGGAAGAAGAAGAGAUAAGAGACAGGUGCACGCCAAGUUCACCAGAAGAAUUUGGAGUCCUGUGGGUGCCACCAGCUCCGGUUUUAGAGCUGAAGGGAAGGCCGUGAGUGGAAGGGGAGGAAGUGGAAGUCUCCGUGUUCCUGCUGCAUGAACCAGCACUCGAGGGACUGCUGUAAAGGGAAAAACUGUCUCUCCACACUGUCAGAGGAGCGUCCUGGAGCUGAAUUGUGCCUUUCUGGAUCAGGCAAGGGUCGUGCUGGAGCAGCAGCAGCUGGACUCUGCCCCGGAGCCCUCGGCAGGGCUCAGCCCACGCGUGGUGGGUGAAUCACAGCCAGGGCUCUGGGCAGUGCUGGACUGGGCAGCACCGAGCCCCUCGCUGGCCUGGCUGCUCUGCCUCGACCUCAGCCUGGCCCCACUCAGAGGGUUUGGCUGCUCACUGCUCAGGGAUGAGCUGCCUCCAGCCCAAACCCACCUUUGCACUAUUUUCUCUCAUCAGUCAGUGCCUCUGAGCGAGGCUCCCGGGGUGGAACAGCUCCCAGUUUGUAUGGAAAGUUUAUUUCAUCUCGGCAGGAGCCAGCUGAGCAGGCAGGGGCUCUCACUGGCUGAGCAGUCACUGGAGUGGAUUCCCACUUGGGAAUGGCUGUAGCAGAGGUGCAGGAUCAGUUACCCCAGGGAUGGCACCAACCCAGCUGUGGCUGCUGUGGGGCUGGGUUUGUGCAGGAGCCCCCAUAGCCAGGGGAGGGUGAGCAGAGCCCUGCUCUGGGCCAGUGCCCCCAUCUCAUCUCCCUGGACCGACCCUUAGUGAGGAUUGCCAGCUCCUGAAUAAUCCAUCUUCCUCCCAGCUCUGCCUGGAGGGAAGGGCUGGGGCAGAGAGGGCACACAAAGCCUGGCUUAGGUCAGCUCUGAGUCGGGCUCUGGACAGUAAGUGACCACUCAGGUCACUGUGGGAAGGGAAACCUGGGUGGGGAGUGCAUCAGGUGAGGGGCAGCCAGGUAGGAAUGGUGUGGAGGGAAGGACUGGUCAGAACACGGGGUGGAACUGGAUCAUCUUUGAUGUCCCUUCCAACCCAAGCCCCUGUGAUUCUGUACAGCCCUGUCUGAGCUUUCAACCUGUCUGGCUCAGAUUUAAACCCAGAUCUGCUGGCCCAGGGGAGAGAGGGAAAAAUUUGGGAAAAACACUGAGCUCAGGGUGGGCCUAGAAUCCAAGCCUGAGGCAAAGGGCUCCAGAGCUUUCAAAAUGCACUUUUGUUUGCUGGGCAGGCUGAGCUGAGCCCAGGGCUGUCCCUGGGCAGGGCAGGGGCUGCUCUCCACUCCUGGGUCCCUCUGCUGCCCACGCCAGGAUUGCACAGGAGCUUUGGAAAGGCUGCUUGAAGUUGGUGGUGGACCAAAAUCUGUGGCUGUUGCAAGUAUGGUCCCGAUGGACAAGAAAAAUAAUUCCUUGAUUUUGCUUUAAGCCCUGGAAAGGGGAAAAAUAAGACCAAUUGAUUGUAUUGUGAAUGAAACAGCAGAUUAAUCAUUUGGUCCCCAAAGCUGCAGAGAAUCUGUUUUUAUCUUUGACCUUCUGAAGGUUGGAGUCACUCUAAAAAACCAAAAGAAGAAAAUCCUGAAAGGGUUUGUUCCAGAGGAAAUUUUGCACAUGGUUUAAUGUGAGUAAUUUAAAAUAAAACUACUGCUGUAAAGUA